AUGAACGGCGUCGGAACUUGGUGUGGAAUGUUGAAAUUUAAUAAUUGGGUUCAUAAAAGGUUGAAAGCUCCACUACGAGUUGUAAGUCAGAAGCAAAGUGAAUGCGUGACAAUCAGUACAGAAAAUUGCAAACCAUCAACUUUGUUUUUUUGUUACUUUAAAGAUGAAAUUAAAAUAAGAAAGACUUCACCUAAAAAAAAAGAUAGCAAAGAUUAG